AUGCCACAGUACGACACCUGCUCGCUGGCGUGGGACAGCCCGCGGGGACAGGUCAGCUCCGCGGCGGCCGGCGGAGCCUUCCCGAAGAGGGUGAAGGUGGUGGAGGUCGGACCGCGCGAUGGGCUCCAGAAUGAGAAGAACGUUGUGCCAACGCCAGUGAAAAUCAAUUUAAUCAAUAUGCUGUCAGACACAGGGCUUCAGGUUAUAGAGGCCACCAGCUUUGUUUCCCCUAAGUGGGUUCCUCAGAUGGCUGACCACACAGAAGUCAUGCAAGGAAUCACUAAGCUGCCAGGAGUCAGCUACCCUGUGCUGACCCCCAACCUGAAGGGAUUCCAGGCAGCGGUGGCAGCAGGGGCCCAAGAAGUGUCCAUCUUUGGAGCAGCAUCUGAGCUCUUCACUAAGAAGAACAUCAACUGUUCCAUUGAGGAGAGCUUGGAGAGGUUUGAUGAAGUGAUGACAGCAGCCAGAGCAGCCAGCAUCCCUGUCAGGGGGUAUGUUUCCUGUGUCCUUGGGUGUCCCUAUGAAGGGAAGAUUUCUCCAGCUAAAGUUGCAGAGGUCUCAAAGAAGAUGUACUCCAUGGGGUGCUAUGAGAUCUCCCUGGGUGACACCAUUGGCAUUGGCACCCCGGGGAGCAUGAAGGAGAUGCUGACAGCAGUCCUGAAGGAGGUGCCAGUCGGGGCUCUUGCUGUUCACUGCCACGACACCUACGGGCAAGCUCUUGCCAACAUCUUGGUGGCACUUCAGAUGGGUGUCAGCGUGGUUGAUGCUUCUGUCGCCGGCCUUGGAGGCUGCCCCUAUGCCCAGGGAGCUUCAGGAAAUGUUGCUACAGAGGACUUGGUGUACAUGCUGCAUGGCCUGGGCAUCCAGACGGGUGUGGAUCUGCAGAAGCUGAUGGACACAGGCACAUUUAUUUGCAAUGCUCUCAACAGAAGAACCAAUUCCAAAGUGUCCCAGGCAUGCUGCAGACUGUGAUGUGGAACUGAGUUUCUCCUUGGAUCAAGAAGAAAGCAGGGAUCAGGCCUUGGCUGGGUUUCCUCUCUGCUCUGUUGCCUUCAGUGCUCCUCCCAGGCUCAGCACUUGGGAAGAAAUGCAUAAUCCACCAGAAAUUAAACGAACCUCAAGACAACUACGUGAAAUCUUGACGCCUUCAACCAUUUGCCUUAGAGAAAGGAGGACACAGAUGGGCAGAGGGAGAAGUAGGGGCCAGGUUUGUCUUCUCAGAGAGCUGUGGUCUGCAGCACCAGUUCAGAACAGCUUCUGGUAUAACUUCUGCCUCAAGAUUGUGUUGCCAGGAAAGGAUAAAGCACAGUGUGGGGACUUUUUUUUCCAAUCAGAGCACUUCUCCAGGUCAGGUUUGACCCUUCUUCCAUUCUCUCUUUCCACUGCAAAUGUUAAGACUGAAAUCAAAAGGUUCCCUGUCCUAAUUCAAGUGUCAAGGAACAGCUUUGGACCUUCUGUCUUAGCAUUUAGGGUUUCUAAUAACUGAUUGUAUCUGUUGUAAGAUACUGCUGCCUACUAAGAA